AUGCCGUCAACCAUCAUUCCCGCCGCGAAACUAGCGGCCUCAAAGGCUUUCCUGUCGGAAAUCAUCAAGGACAUGGAGGAGUCAGGGAUCACCGACAAUAACACCUGUACUCCCACUCCCAUUCCCAUUACUCCUCUUGCUACUCCUCCUACCACCCCCGAGGUCAUUAGGUCGACCAACAUGACCUCUGGUCAUUGUCUCCCCACUCCUCCUCCUUCUUCUCCAGAUCCUGCUGCCGGCAGCCCUACCACCGUUGACGACAACCCCGACUUUGAGGUCAAGAUUAUUCAUAUCGGCAUCGCCAAGAAGAACAGAAAAGACAAGGACAAGGCGACCGAUGUCGCUGAAAAGGACAACCAGAACCAUGGCCCUCCCACACCCACUCUCACCCCCGAGCCCGAACCCGAACCCGAACCCGAGCCCGAGCUCACUUCCCCUCCCAAGCCAACCCACGUCCACAGCCGUAAGCUGGUAACAGUCCGCCGCAUCAGCGCCAUCGACACUGCCACCAACAAAUAUCACACCAAACUCACCAUCGACGGCUGGACCGUCGGUGUCAACAAGCGGCCCAGGCCCAGCAAGGUCAACUUCGAGACCGGUCACCGCGUUAUUUUCCUGGAGCCGGACACGCUCCUUCCUGCUGAUCAGCCUCGCUACAGCAAAUUGUUCGCGCAGGUCGGUGGUAACCCCAUUACUUACGACGGGCGUAAGUGGUUUCGUGUCGGUACUCGUACUGUUGGCCCUCCUAGGUGUCGGCGUUGGCAGUUCGUUUCUCAGGGACAUGUUUUUCAUCUGAAGGACUUUCCGGAGGUGCAUGAUGAUGUGAUGUUGAAGGCGAGGUUGGCGAGGUUUGGCGGUGGCUGUGGCGGUGACGGUGGAGGUGACGGUGAGGAGCAGGAAUUGGUUGACUACUCGGCUUUGUUGGGGGCGGUUAAGUGGGAUCCGUAUGGCGAUUUGCCGACGUCGUGGUCGUUGUUGUCGUCGGUGCCCUGCCCGUCGAAGAACAAAAACAGCAUCCACAACGGUGGAAAGGGUGGUAACUCCAGCAAGAAGAACAGUCCUCCGGCUCCCAUCGUCAAAAAGCCGUCCUGGAUCCAAAAGACGGACAUCGAAAGGGUCCAGAACUGCCCUAACUUGUUCAAGAAGCCGAAGUACAAGAACAUCGUUUUCCAGGAGUCGGUCAAGGUUGACGGAACAAGCAUGACCUGCUACUUUGUCCCGAAGCAGUCGAAGUACUUCAAGCAGCUACAUGAACCCCAUCCCGGCGCCGAGUCAGUUGCCCACUCCGUUUUCGAGAGCGGUAGAUUUGGCGUCACCAGCAAGCACGUCGACCUGCCUUUCUCCGAGGACUGCCCAUAUUGGGCCGUGGCUGUCAAGAACAACAUCGGAGCGCUCCUGGAGGACCUCCACAAAAACGGACAUCGUGGCGCCCUGGCUAUCCAGGGGGAGGUAGUCGGUCCCACUAUCUCCGGAAACCACUACGGCCUGCCUCCAACUUCUGCCCCCUCGUUUACCGUUUAUUCGGUGUGGAACAUCGAGACCCAGUACCGCUGGGAUCCUCGUACUGUCCAAAAGUUCUGCUCUACCCACGGUCUGAGCCAUGUUGAGGUUCUAGGGUAUCACAAGGUGACAGGUAUUGCUUCGUCUCAUGAGGAUCUGAUCGCCAGAGCCAGCAGCAGACAGGGUGAGGGACUCGUUUUCAAGAGCUGCGCCAGUGAUGGUCGUUGGUUCAAGGUGUUGUCGGAUCGAUGGAUCACGGAACGGGGAGAUGAGGUUGAUGCUCAGCUGGAGGAGGCGAUCACGGAACGGGGAGAUGAGGUUAAUGCUCAACUGGAGGAGGCGGAGGCGGUGCAGGCCACGAACAUCAAAGUAUCGGCGAAGCAUACCUCUAGUGUCUCGGAGGAUACAACCCUUCCAAAGACUUCCGACAACGGGUUUCUCGACAACGUGAAGGCCUACCUAGAUGCCCCUGUUACCUGGCUCGGACAGCCGAUGAGCCACAGAGAAGCCAUCGGAGAGAUCGGUCGCAUCAUCUUGGCCGAGAUGGCCAUUAACAAGAACAUGCAAGUCGCCAUAAAGGACUUGGUUGAGGUUGUGUUGGACGAGCUGAAGUUUGUCCAAGUCGAAACCGACAGGACUUUCGCGGGCGAAGAUAUGGAGAGUGAGUUCAAGAAGGAUGAUGUCCCGGUUGAGGUCACUCCCGACUCUACCACCACCAUUUCCCCAAAACUCCUCGCCAGCCUCGACACUCCUACCAGCCCCGAGACUCCUACCAGCCUUGACACUCCUACCAGCCCCAACGCUCCUGCCAGCCUCGACACUCCAACUUCCCCCGACACCCCCACUACUUCCCACGAAGCCAACCCAUCCACAGAGCCUAUCGUUUCCGUCAUCGCAACAGAGCAUGACAACGGAGACAACGGUGACAACGAAUCCGUCGGCGUGAACUGGGAUGACUACAAGGUCUUCAAGCAAGGCGGCAAGAUGGUCUGUAUCAGACGGGAAGAUUAUAGGCCCCGGAGCCCGCCCUGCAUGUACGCAUCGGCUGAGGAGAUGGUCCGUCGUCGCGAGGCCCGUCACCGCGACAGGCAGCGUCGUUAUCGUUUCUUGGGCGAGUGA